CGCGUGUGGCGGCGCGCGAUGUGCGCGCGGCGCGGCCAUGCCGGGCAGGAAGUCUUCCAAGGAGAAGAAGCGGCGCCGCUCGCGUUCCUGCUGCCCAGAGGGAGCCCCGGCGCCGGAGGGCAGCGACAGGAAGCGGCGGAGCACCGAGUCCAGCCACGGUGCCCUGGAGGGAACGAAAUGCAGCGUACUCUCUGAGGUAAAAGUGGAGGAAGCUGAACAACCCAGUGAUAUAGAAGAAGGAGGAUUAGAUCUCACUGUUUCACUCAAACCUGUCAGUUUCUACAUCGGGGACAAAAAGGAAAUGCUUCAACAGUGUUUCUGUGUCAUAGGGGAGAAGAAACUACAGAAGAUGCUGCCUGAUACUUUAAAGAACUGUUCCAUGGACGAAAUCAAAAGACUUUGCAUGGAGCAGUUGGAGCUGUUAUCUGAAAAAAAACUGUUGAAGAUACUUGAAGGCAGGAUUGGAGCUGAUUCUGAUACUGACGAGGAGGCAGAUGGAGGAGACAAGACUGGAGGUGAUUCAGUCAGUCAACAGGACAACAGUAUAGAUUCAACUUCUUCUGUGAGAGAAGACAGCAAGCUCGAAGGUCAGGAAUCAAAACAAGGCAAGGGAGAAGAUAGUGACGUCCUCAGCAUAAAUGCAGAUGCAUAUGAUAGUGAUAUAGAAGGCCCAUGCAAUGAAGAGGAUGGCCCAGAUGUGCAAGAGAGCACUGUCAGAACUGGAGCUGGUCAGAUAGAAGACCUUCAGAAGGACAUUGAGAAGAGUGUGAAUGAGAUACUGGGGUUGGCAGAGUCCAGCCCAAAGGAGUCUAAAGUAGCAACCUUAGCUGUUCCUCCAUCAGAAGAUGUUCAGCCAUCAGCACAACAGCUGGAGCUUCUGGAACUUGAGAUGAGGGCCAGAGCUAUUAAGGCUCUGAUGAAAGCUGGCGAUGUAAAAAAAUAUCCCUGAGACUGUUCAGAUUUCAUUUUCAUUAUUUGUUUCGAAGAAGGUGAUGUCUGUUCUCUUCAGUGCUACAGUAUGUUUGUGUUGGGUAUGACAUUCCUCAUUCAGACUGUGUUCUGUAUCCUAACCUGUGGUUCAGUGAUUUUGUUGCCUUUAGUGUGUGGCUUCCAUGACAUGCACAAACGGAGGUUGAUGCUUCCCUGAGAUGAGGUGUCCUUGUGCUGGGUUACCUCUUCAAGGAGUCACACCUCAUACAGAGCUGUGCCAGGAGCCUGGUGCCUUCCAGAAAGGUUGUUGUAGAAACUUAGAAAUCAUAGAACGGUUAGGGUUGGAAGGGAUUUGAGACUACUUUAUUCUUCUCGGGGCCCAUCUCAUCAUGAUGUAGGUAUUCUAAUUAAAAUGUGAUGAUUUGUUUAAAGGCAUACUCAAUUUUUUGAAAUAUGAACUCCUAAAGGGAAGGAUUUUUACCUUUAAAAUAAACAGUUGAACAUGUUAUUUUCAGAGUUAUGAAAGUGCCUGAAAGAGACAGAGCAGAGUUUGUUACACUGCCAUGUAGUUUUGUCACUUUCCUCCACUCUUAUCUUUUGUAUUAUAACUGAAAAAGCAGAGUUUCUUCCUGACUGUAAAGCUUUUCUUUUAGCAUACUAUUUAGCAUAAUUUGGCAAAAUACUUAGCAAAUCAAACAGUUCAGAAGAUCUUGAGCUUUUAACAUUCAACUGAUGUAGUCAUUUCAUGUCCCCUGAAGGCAGGACAAUCCACCUAAUUUCAGUAUGUUUUUUUAGAAAAGGCAUUUAAUUUAUUGAUGAGUUUUUAAAAUAUAAAUUCUAUUUUUAUCCACUUCAAGGUAUUCCUUUGUAAAUAAAUUGAAAUUAAGAAUGAAUUUUCAUAACUAUAAUAUCUUACAACAAUUUAAAUUAUUCUAAUUUUUUUAGAAUUAGUGCUGGUUUUAUAUCUGGCUGCUAAUCAAAGCAUAUUAAAAUAUUUGUGUGUUUGUUUACACAUGCAGACAUCAAUUUUUUUCUCAAAAGACAUGAAGUUUACAAUUGUAGUCUUUGCUAAGUAAAAUAAUAUAUUACAUCUUUUAUUCAUGAAUUUUCCUCGAUUGCUACUUAGAAAGCCGGCUACAUACUUUACAACAGUAGCAGAGAUAAUUUCCCCUAGUACUGUGUAAUAUUGCUGCAAACCUUAGUCUGUUCAGAUACUAUGUCUUGAAUUAAGGCUUACAAUAACCUUUUUGUUCUUCCAUCCCUUUAUUCCCUUUCUUUUUUCCUGUUUCCUUUUAAACCCUUUUCUGUAGCAAGCAUCUUGUAUAUUUCUUAAGUAUGAUUGAUUUCCUCUAGAAUCAACGUUAUUGUAAAAUGUUAGUGCAGUGUAAAUUUGAUAAUAAACUAAAACUUUCAUUAAAUACAGCU